UUUACAGCACACGCUGCUGAUAUUCGGCAAGCCGGUGUGUUUUCGGCAGCAUGAGUAGAUGAGAGAAGUCAAUUCACUGUUACUUUCCGUGAAUUUAUUCUAUGAUUUUGAUGCAGCGGUCAUUUUUUCUUUAUAAUGCAUCAACGAAAUCUGUCAGCGUCUCCAAACUGGUACUGUUCACGCUGCAGUGACAUUAAUAGAAAGGGAGUGCUGGGUUUUGGAGCAAAGAAUACAAUCUAUCUGCUAAAUGUAACUGCAGGAUGUCCAGCAGUAACAGGUGAACUCACUGGACACACUGAGAGAGUUUCUGGUUUUGCAUUUUGCUCCCAUGAUGGACAAGAACACAUUUGUGCUAGUACUUCAGAUGAUAAGACGGUCAAAAUCUGGGACACUGAGCAGAAAAUUCUGUUAAAAGAGCACAAUGUCCACCAAAACACCAUCUCAGCAAUCCACUGGUCUCCGGUGCAAAAACUUCUUCUAGUCACUGGAGAUGAAAAGGGCAUUGUGGUGUGCUAUUGGUUUAGCAGUAAUGACACCCAGAGCUUCUUCCCUGAACCUCGAACAAUCUUCUGCUUGUCCUGCUCUCCACAUGAAGAAAACUACAUUGCAGUUGGGUAUAAGGAUGGAAUGAUAGUAGUGAUAGACAUCAGUAAGAAAGGGGAGGUGAUUCAUCGACUGAGGGGGCAUGAUGAUGAGAUUCACGCAUUGGCAUGGUGCCCUCAACCCAGAGAAGAGCCUCUAUAUGGGCGAUCAGAAGACAACACGGAUGGAAGCAAUGAGGUGACCGAAGGAGCAGAAAUGGGGUGUUACCUGGCAUCAGGUAGUCGAGAUCAAACCGUGCGGAUAUGGAGCACAGCCAGAGGAAAAGGUGUAAUGACCCUAAAGCUUCCCUUCCUGAAGAGACGAGGAACAGGAGUUGAUCCAGCAGUGAAGGAAAGACUCUGGCUGACUGUCCACUGGCCUAAGGGGAGACCUUCACAGAUUGUGUCCAGCUGUUUCGGCGGUGAGAUCAUAAUGUGGGAUCUCAAGAAGUCAGGCAAGCAGAAGUGGAGUCUACUGGGCAGUUCUUCAGAUGGACAGAAUCACAGCCGUAUCGUCUUCAACAUGAGCUCGUUUCGCUCUGGAGAACAAGAACUUCUGCUCAGUACAUCAAUGGACAGAGAGAUUAAGUGUUGGGACCUGGCAUCUCUGGAAUGUUGUUGGACUCUGCCCACUCUGGGUGGGUUUGUGUACUGUCUCAGCUUUUCUCCAGUUGCCACCGGCUGCCUGGCUCUAGGCGUCGGGGACAGCAUGAUCCGGGUCUGGAACACCCUGUCUAUUCAGAACCAAUAUGACAUAAAGACAUUUUGGCAAGGGAUCAAAUCUAAAGUCACAGCCUUGGCAUGGCAUCCACUAAAAGAGGGCUCUCUGGCGUUUGGUACAGAUGACGGUAAAGUGGGCAUCUAUGAGGUUUACUCUAACAAGCCGCCUCAAAUCUCAAGCACUUACCACCGCAGAACUGUCUACUCUCUCUCAUGGGGCCCUCCUGUGCCGCCCUUGUCUUUUGGGGGAUCAGGAGACAAGCCGUCCUACAGCUUAUACAGCUGUGGUGGAGAGGGGGUCAUCUUUCAGCAUGACCCUUGGAAGCUCUCAGGGGAGGCCAGUAACAUUGACAAACUCAUCCGUGACACCAACAACAUCAAACACAAGAUCCCCCCCCAUACAGACAUCAGCUGGAAGCCAGACGGCAGUGUUUUGGCCAUUGGAAAUGAAGAUGGGUCCAUAGAGGUAUUGAAGGCUCCCAUGCUGAAGCUCUUGUGCACAUUGCAGCAGCAUCACAAGAUCAUUAAUUCUCUGCGCUGGCAUCAUGAACACUCCUCUCAGAAUGAUCUGCAGUAUCUUCUGGCGUCUGGCUCCAGUAAUGCCAUAGUCUAUAUCCAUGACCUAAAGAGCGCCAUUGAAUCUCCAUCAGAGAGUCCAGUGCUGAUGACAGAGCCUUUUAGAACUCUCUCUGGUCACACUAACAAAAUCACUAGCCUAGCCUGGAGCCCCCAUCACGAUGGCCGUCUGGUGACAGUGUGUUAUGAUGGAACUGCUCAGGUGUGGGAUGUGCUUAAAGAGGAGCCUGUGUGUAACUACAGGGGUCACUCGGGCCGAUUAUUGUGUGUGCAGUGGUCCACUGUUCACCCAGACCUAGUCUGGACCGGUGGAGAUGACUUCACCCUCCAUGAAUGGGCCGUAUCCAAGCAGGAGUACAUCACACCUCCGAAGAGUAAGAAACGGGCUGAGAUGGAGAAAAAAAGAGCACCGCAGAAAAAGUCCAAGAAGAAAAAGAAGGCACCAGAAAAAGGAGGAAUGAAGGCAGAAGAAAGGGAAUUGCCUUUAGGUGAAGAAAUUAAAGGAGCAGUAGGCAGUGGAGCAGAAGAGGGCCAAUCAGACAAUGACGAGGAGGAAGAAGAGAGGGAGAACACAGACGAUCCAUCCGUCAUGGGCUGGUCCAGAGAGAGCAGUGUGGACAUACGUGGCACUGAGAGGGUUCGGAAUGGAGAGAAAUUCAGCCAUCCAGUUAAAAGGGAGGUCAAAGAGGAGAAGAAAAGAGAGAAACCAGAUCUGUCUCUAAAAAAGAGAAAGCCACGCUCCAUUCUGCCAUUGAGUACUUCUAUGGAUCACCGACCCAAAGAGGAACUUCAACAGGACUGUCUGACACUCGCAACUGUAAGAUUCUCACAUGCGCAAAGCGGAGCAUGUGUUCCAGGAUCUGGAGAUCAUAUUCAGCUUGGCCUGUUCACAGACAGGGAUGCCCUCUACAGGAUGUUUCAGGAGGAAGAGGAGAGCCAUGUGGAUGCUGGUCAUUAUGACUCAAUGGUUUAUCUGAGGCUGUGGAAAGGAGAUCUGAUUGGAGCAAUAAAUCUUGCAGCGGAGAAAGGAGAACUGACUGACCAUCUCAUCAGUUUAGCUCCAAUGGCUGGCUAUCAAGUGUGGGCUAGGACUGUAGAGGUGUAUGUGAAGCAGCUCUGCCACCACGAGCAGUUCCUCAAAGCAGCGUCACAUCUUGUCUCCAUCCAUAAACUCUACGAAGCCAUCAACCUUUUGAAAAGCCACCAGUUCUACAGGGAGGCCAUAGCUUUAGCAAGAGCCAGACUCCAACCGGAGGACCCCGUGCUGAAAGAUCUCUACAUGAACUGGGCUGCAGUGCUUGAAAAGGAUGGCCAUUACACUACUGCAGCAAAGUGUUACCUUGCUUCAGACUCCAGCUUUGAUGCAGCUAAAGUGAUUGCCAAGAAGGGGGAUAUGAUAUCACUAAGGACUGCAGCUAAUCUGGCGCAGAUAUCAGGAGAAAGCAAGCUUGCACAUUCUCUCUCUUUGAGGUGCGCCAAAGACUUGAUGCUCUUCCAGGACUGGGCUGCAGCACAGGAAGUCCUGAGGAUGCAAGACUCACUUCUGGGUCACAGACUGGUGUUCUGUAUUAAUGAAAUCCUCACUCAAAGACUGGCAGAUACAGAUGUGGUCACCUGGAGUGUGGCUUCUUCACACACCUGGUCUAAGUCCUGUGAUGAGAACUUCCUCUCCACGGUGCACAGAGUGUGGCAGAAUGAGUUUGGAGUAGCGGCUGCUGACCUGGCCAAAGUGAAAACGAUCCAUCAACAGCUGAGAGCUAUUGAGAAUCCUCCUGCCAGCACUAGUGUUCCUCUGAAGCAGAUCUUAUUUCACAUUUCAUUGGACGUGACACUGUGUGCUUUGAGUCAGCUCUUGUGUGAUUGGCCAUCUGUCGUAGAGGAUCUGCUGCGAGCUCUUACUCGAGGUUCUGAGGUGGGACACUUCACACUAAUGACGGAGAUGUGCCAGCUGCUUCUAACACAAGGUUUGGAGUCUGUGACGUUCUAUAAACAGAAACUAGACCCAACUGAUGAAAGAAGCUUGAUAAUUUCUCAAAGUGUGGAGGCGUAUGUCUGCUAUCAGCUCAUGUACAAGAAAUGGUGGAAGUACAGCGCUUUGAACAACGACACCAUCACCAAUGGUCACGGUUUAACAGAGAAGAACCACAGUGAAGUCAAAGCAAACUGUAAUGGAGAAGUUCAAUCGGAUGUUAUUUUCUCUGAGGGCUUCUGGAAGGUUCUUCUCUCUGAACCUCACGCCAAUCUUCAGGCCACCAAGAGAGCCAUAGCAGAGGUUCAGAGGAGAGUCAAUAGCCUCAUUCAGCAGCACAAUCAGUGUAAAGACACUCAUGAGAGCCCACAAGCACUUAGUACUUCUCAACCUGAAACCUCAGAGGGACAUGGAGGAUCUUUGAGUGGGAAAAGCAGUGAAUCCCUCUCUGCUCUGACUGCCCAGGUUGCUGAACACCACAAAGCACUCACUGCUAUUCCUGAGAUUUUCAAAAAAUACCCAUUUCCGGAUGUUAUGGAAUGUUGUAUAGUCCUGCUGCACAUGGGGAAACAUCUUACGCCGUUUCCACAGUACAUCUGCUCCAAGGCAACAACUUUGUUGCACAAAUAUGGAACUGCAGAAUCUCUCUGCAAAGCCUGGAAGAGGCUGACACAAUAACAGUUAUAGCACUUAGUGUUUUUGAUAAGCAAUUACUGUUGUUUGAUAUGUAAAAUUCACUUGACUAAUGUAAUAAAAAAAUUCCCCCACA